GCCAUUGGCCGAGCCGCCUGCCGGAGCCCGGAGCCACAAAAGGCGUUGCUAAGUGGAUGUUUAUUUUUUUUCCCACUCUUUUUAUUUUUUUCCCUCCCCCCCCUUUUUUUUUUUUUUUUUUUUUUUUGCCUCCUCCCGCUCCUUCACUACUUCUUCGGUGCACUCGCGCAGCUCCCGCCGCCGCCGCCGCUCCGCUCCCCGCGGGAGGCAGCGCGGGUCGGGCGCGGAGCCGUCCCGCGCCGGCCAUGGCCUAGCGGCGGCGGCCGGGCCGCAAGAUGAGUUUCCCGGCGGAGGACGGCGUGGGCAGCCUCUGCCACAAGGCGCUGCAGAUCAUCUCGGAGCUGUGCCUGGGCGGGCAGGUGGAGCGGGAGAAGUGCGCCGGCAUCUUCCCCCUGGAGAGCUCCCGGCAGGGCAUCGGCGGCACAGAUGUCUCAGUCAGUCUCUUAGCAGUCGUCGUCAGCUUCUGCGGGCUCGCCUUGCUGGUGGUCUCGCUUUUUGUCUUUUGGAAGCUGUGCUGGCCCUGCUGGAGGAGCAAACCUCUCACCUCCAGUGCCAGUAAUGUCCCGCAGAGCAACUCCAGCGCUCCAACGGAGGUUUUGGAGAACAGCGAGAAAAAGGAAGUCAAAGAAAAUGGGAAAGCUACGACCAAGGUGCUUGAAGCUGCGCUGAAAAUCAGCCACACUUCACCUGAUAUUCCAGCAGAGGUCCAGAACGCGCUGAAGGAGCACCUGAUCAGACAUGCUCGGAUGCAGAGGCAGAUCACGGAGCCCACGUCCUCAUCAAGGCACAAUUCUUUCAGGAGGCACUUGCCAAGGCAGAUGCAAGUGUCCAGUGUUGAUUUUAACAUGGGGAUAGACCCAGUUCUGCAAAAGGGAGAGACCACAACCAGCAUUGGGAGAAUAAAACCAGAACUCUACAAACAGAAGUCCGUGGAUUCUGAUGGGCAGCAAGAAGAUGUGAAAACAUGUGGAAAACUUAACUUCACUCUUCGGUACGAUUAUGAGAAUGAACUUCUGGCUGUCACAAUUGUCAAAGCAUUAGAUCUGCCUGCUAAAGACUUCACAGGAACAUCCGACCCCUACGUUAAGAUAUAUCUGCUUCCUGAUAGGAAAAAGAAGUUUCAGACACGAGUUCACAGAAAGACAUUAAAUCCUGUCUUUGAUGAAACCUUUCAGUUUCCUGUAGCCUAUGAUCAACUCAGCAACAGGAAAUUGCAUUUCAGUGUUUAUGAUUUUGACAGAUUUUCUAGACAUGACAUGAUUGGGGAAGUUAUUCUUGAUAACCUUUUUGAAGUCUCAGAUCUCUCCAGGGAAGCCAAUGUAUGGAAAGACAUCCACUGUGCCACCACAGAAAGCAUAGAUUUGGGUGAGAUCAUGUUUUCCCUUUGUUAUUUGCCUACUGCUGGAAGAAUGACUUUGACAGUCAUCAAAUGUCGGAAUCUCAAAGCAAUGGAUAUAACUGGUGCAUCAGAUCCGUACGUCAAAGUGUCGCUGAUGUGCGAGGGACGGAGGCUGAAGAAGCGGAAAACAACCACAAAGAAGAACACGCUGAAUCCCGUUUAUAAUGAGGCCAUCAUCUUUGAUAUCCCUCCAGAGAACGUGGACCAGGUCAGCCUCUCCAUUGCAGUGAUGGAUUAUGACAGAGUAGGGCACAAUGAGGUCAUUGGAGUAUGCCGGACAGGAAUUGACGCCGAAGGCCUUGGAAGAGAUCAUUGGAAUGAAAUGCUGGCUUACCCACGUAAACCAAUAACUCACUGGCACCCGCUAGUAGAGCUACCUGGCCGAGCAACCAGUUUUGAUAGCCAGGGAUCCUGUUCCUCACCCAAACCACCGCUUACGCCCUAGGGAGCCCGAAUGGAUCCAUCAUGCUCAGUGUCCAAAACUCCCCUGUAGCCACAUCUACAUCAACAGAAGGUUUGGCUUCCACAGAUGAACUGUAUCCAUAUUUUUUUAUCAAAAUACAUCUUUCCUAUUCUAAGUCUUAUAUGAAAGUUUAUAAUAAUUUGUUAAAGUGUGAAUGAAGUUGACUCAAGUCAAAUAUAACCCUUCCUUGUGCAAAUUUAUUAACCUGUUUUAUCUCUGGUAUAUAUCCAGUGUCAUAUCCAAGCAGUGGUUUGAUGGGGCCUGUAUCUUUUCACAGGCAAGGAACCAGAAAAAAAGAUUCCCUUAAGUAAUUCAAAACUACUGCACCUUCUAACACCUAAUUCUUCGGAGGAAGAGCAAAUAGUCAUAUACAGCUCAUGUAGUAAAUUCCUUAUAAAUUGCACUAAAUCUUCUGUGACUUUGCAAGAUAGCACUUCAAACUGAAUGUUGCAUGUAAAAAACCAACUGUUGUCAUGUUUUGAGUAUCUGGAAAGUCAGUUCAUUCCUUGGGCAGGGAGGAAGGGCUGAUUUAAAGCCCUCUGGAGCCAAUGAGGCAGAUCUACUGACUUCAGGGUGCUUUAGGUCCAGCCCUUCUGAAACAGGUAUGAGAACUGGACCUAUGCAGUUAUAACCUUCCAGCACUCAUGAUGACAGCUGCAUCUCUACACAAAUCAAACUGCAGAGGAGAGAAUGCUCAGAAGUAAAGGAAUUGAUUUAAUGUCAUUUAUCUGUUCACAAAAUUGACCAAAUAUUGCAGUUACCCACAACAUUUUUGUGAUUCUUGAUUUAAUGUGACAGACAGAUUUCUUUGAAAUUAUUUUGACUGAGUGCACAGCACACAUAGAAUUUAGUUUCUGGUUGCUGGCUGGAUGCCUCUUGACACAUAUGCUAAAUAAGAAUUUGAGAUGUGUUUUCUGUCAGUCUAUGGACAGAGAAAUCAAAAUGUGACUAUUUUACAAGCAAGUAAACUAAUUUAUUAGACUACACAGUGAGAGCAAAUGAAAAAAAUCUAUUGGCUGUAGUCAGAUACUUUAAAAACUAGAAGAGAACUACAUAUUAUUUUGUGGAUUUAUCUCCAAACACUGCAGUUUACCUCAAUCAGAUAAAUCAGAUAGUCACUUUCUUUUUUUCCUCUUGUCUUUUCUUUCUUUCUGUGAAGAAUGUAGCACAGACAGCACAGCAUGGUUGGGUCUGAGGUUUUGAAAGCUGGACUGUAAUUAGAAAAACUUGGGUGGUAGCACCUUUUGUAUCUUUGCAAUAUAUAAAGAAAACAGAGGAGACUGUUUUCCAAAACAGAAUCUUUACAGAAGUGCCAUGCAGGAGAAAAUCUACAAAUGAAGAUUGAUUUAUGACAAUGAAAGAAAUUUUGAUAAUUAAUUUGGUAUGAAAUUAAAAGGUUGUUUUGGAAAACUUCUGAAGAACCAUUUUGAGUUGGUUUAGCCUAGCUGACAUGUUCCUGAAGAUCCAGUCCCUCCAUGCCACUGACUAAUCUCUAAGACAGUCAAAAAUACCUUGAAGUGUCUUAAACUGCUCCAGAAAAGCUAGCAGGGCUGGUCUUAACAUUGCAGGUGUAUCUAAGACAAAAAAGGAAGCAUGUUUUAUACCUUGCCUCCUGUGCCUAUGAACAGAGCAAGCAAGGAAAUAAAUAUAAAAAUCGAUCUCUGAGACAGUCAUUAGAAAUAAGGGGGGGGAAAGAAAAUAAAAGAAGGAAAAAAGGGAUAAAAAGAAAAGGCUCCAGCCCAAGUUUUUGAAUGCCUGUUUCAGGUUGUUAUUCAUGGCCUCUAGGUAGAAAUGGUUUCUCCCAGAGAGGGCUGGUAGUGCUGAACACUGAUCCUCCCUGCUUAAGAUUGUAUUUUCAUCACCAUAAAUAUGGAGCAGCCUUGCAGAAUUUCAUUCCUCCUUUUGCUCUGGAUGAGUAAUUUGUUUUAAUAGGAGAACAAACUCUCCUCUCUGAGGUUUUUUCCCUCCCAUCUUUGUUAUCCUAACAAAAUUCUGUGGCCUAGAUAAUUUUCAACAUGAUUUCUGCAAGGCUGAUACAGAAACAGAUAUAUAUAUUUAUAUAUAUAUAUAUGGAGAUUGAAAAACUAUUUUAUGUAUACAUUUAUCUUAAUAUAAAUUAUAUCAACAGUGGCCUUUGUGGCCUCAAAAAUAGUUUUUGUAUUGUGGUACUGUAACAGUUAAUUAAAUAUUCGUUGCACUUUUUUGCACCUAAUAUCCAAAAAGCGAACAAAUUCACGAUCAAAUGUAGCAUAAGUGUUCAGCAAUGAGCAACAUAUUUUUACCUAUUUUACUGUUCUCUGACUAUCCUGUGUGUUUCAUCAUAGGUAGUAAGGUAUUUCAAGAUUCAUUUUCUUAAAUCUUCAUUGUUGUCAAAUGCCAAAGGCUCAGUUUGUGCCCCCUUGUCUUGUUAUUUUUGGUAUUGUCAAUAACAACAGUGAAUGACUUCUUGAUUGAUGGGUGCUAUGCAUCUAGGAGAAAUCAGGCUGCAAGAUCAUCUGGACAUCUAUCUUCAAAAAUGAUCCCUUAAGUAAUUAUCUUUAUUCCCUUAGCAGUGAUUAAUAGAAUUAGUGAAAAAAAUAUUUUUUUCCCCAUUGUUUCCUUAGCCAUCUCAAAAGACAGGAUAGGUACUUAGCUUAACCCAUCCAUUGGCUUUAGAGCCUUUUCACAAGUUACUCCCAGUGACAUCACUGAAGCACCAAGGAAGAGCUUAGCACAGUUUAAGUCAAGGAAUAUGUUGCUCGAUGUAUAUCAUUAUGAAGGAAUUUUAAAUAUUUUAAUUUGGAAAUUUGGAGAAGCUGCAAGUUCCCUACUCCCAUCCAGAUUUUUUUUUUUUUCUGCUUAUCCACAUUUCUUCUAUAUCUCAUGCAUUACCCUAAUUUAGGAAAAAAACAAAUGUGGCAAAAGGCUGGUUUAAAAUAUCUUGUAGAACUUUUACAAUAGUUAGAAAAUCUUCUUUUCCUAAAGGCCUGAGCUAUUUUGCUUGAAGCAGUUUACUGGAAAAUGCACCAGUACUUAAUAAGAAUUGUAUUGCAGGGUUUCACACUGCACAGGUGAGCACAAGCUCACAAAGAUUCAGGUCAUGUACAGCACUCCACGAUCUCCGCUUUGGAUCCCAGCAUUUUACAGUUCUGGUGACAUGGCCCCUCCCCUUGCCCUGCCAGAAAACAACCAGCUCUUUCCUCAUCAUCUUUUGUCUAUGCGACUUAGGAAUAUGAAUAUUGGUCAGAGAUAAAGUGGCCAGCAACUUCCCCUGCAAAAUUUCUUCUUCAAUAAAUGCAAUUCUUUGGACUACUUAUGUUUAAGUAACAAAAUUGUAUAUUUCUCUUAAAGAAUCACCACCACCUCCAAUAUUUUUGAAGAAUAUAUCAAGCUACCAAUAAAUGUUUUCAUUGGGUUGAUUUUUUUCAAGGGAAAAAGCAAUUACCUAGUUUCUUUCUGUGGAUGCAUUUUUGGAGCAAUAUUAAGAAAAAGUUUAGUUAAAAGAUUCAUUUGAUCCAUCCUUUUCUCCUCUUUCUUGGCUUUUUAAUUGGAUUCAAUGUAAUCCUUUUAAAAAUUUUUAACAUGAUGAUGUAUAACAUAUACAUGAUAGUCUAGUUACAAGAUUAUUUUGCUAUCUCUUUUUUAUAAAUUUUUAUAUGUAGUAGCUUUUUAUUAUACUCCAUUAAUUUUACAGGCUUUAUACAUCUGAAAUCAUUUGUCUGUAUUUUUUGGGUGAGCAAACAUUCAAAAGAAUGGUAUUUCAGAACUCAGUAAUAGAAUUCUUCUGCUGAAAAUAUAAUAUUGUUCAGAAAUCCAUAAAUGUGCCUGCCAAAUUUGAAAAUCACCUUAUUUGAGCAUGCAAAAACCUAGGUUUGCACAUACAAGUAUUUGCACUUGCUGGAUGUACAAUCAAUAGAACAGAACACCCACACCUAAUCAGAAAUACAUUUCAGUUCAUGAUAAACGUCUGACAAAUGUGCAUUGAGUGGCAGUUCCUUGACCUGAAAAGUUCAUAUGAAAUUAUUUCUACAAAUGAACAUGCUUGAAAAUUUGGUAGGUGUUAAGAUAUGGUGUAUAUGUUAAUCAGACAGUGAGGCGACUUUUGGACAAAGCUCAUGUAAUACGUGUUGGACCAUCCAAAAUAUGGAUAAAAUAUACCAAAUCUAUGGGAAAUACUAAUGCAGAUUUUGAUGGGACAUUUUCUCUCUCAUUCACACCACAGCAGAGAUUCAGUUUAACUCAAGAUUCACUAAUUUAGCUUCUGAGUCUUGCCAGUCUAAACUGAGCUCUCUGAAAACAGCUAAGUUAUGGCACAGAGCAUUCCCAGAGCUAGGAAAGAUGAAGCAAAAUGUGGCAGUAGACACAAAGCUGUUCCAUGCAAAUGCCCUGAAAUGGAAACCUUCCCUCUGUAACAGAUUCCAACAGUUUUACCACUUGUCCUUUCUUUCUCUGCUGUAAAAUGGGACAAAAGAAGCAUGUUCCUGAAGAAGAAUCAGCAUUAAGCAUAGGAGUUAAUUGAGGUCUGAUCACAGCCAUUUGCCUUUUCCAAGGCAAAAACUACAUUUACUUCUAAAAGUAUCUUUCGUUUACUCAUCUAAAUGAAUAAAUAUCUCCUGCACAAGGCACUUUUCCUUAACCCUGGAAAACGGCAGUUUUUUAACAGCAUGAAGGAAACCAGGAGCUAGAAAUCUGAGAGAAAGUGAAGCUGCCGGUGGGAUUUGAAUUUCACAGGGCAAUCUGGUCAGGAAAAUGGAACUAACACCUUCAGUCUUGUGCUGAGUGCUAAGGGAUGCUUGGUGGUAGCAGGUGCUCAGGGCAGUGAUUUGAUGUUUUAUCUGAUAGCACCUCUACAAUGUUGCUGUUGCUGGGAAACCUCUUUACAGGCUCAGAGAGCAGAAUGCCUCUGCUAUUGCCAUGUGAAUUCUUUUCCACCCAAGUGUAGACUGUGAUUCUUGUGUUCCAUGGGGCUCAGUCCCCUGGAAGGGCACAAAGCACGUUAAAUUUGCAGAACAGGAAAAAACAAUUUGGUACUGUGCCAUCAUGGGGACUAGUCACUUUGCUGGUAUUAAAGACAAGUGUUUGUGCCUUGCUGAUCGAGGGAGAACGUUUCUUACAGCACUCUGUAGCUCAGCCUGUGUUGCUGAGACAUGCUGAUGCUAUUGAAGAUCCUCAGUACCAACAUUGUCAAAAUAUAACUAAUACAUAUAAAUACGGGUUAUAUAGGUUGCCAGAACACCAAAGCUCCCUCCUGUGGAAAAGGAAUGAUGACUGCCUGAAAAAUAAAUCAAGGCAGUAUGUUCUGGAAGUUGGACCUGCUGGAAGUCACAGAGCUGCUGUGAUGAAAGUGGAGCUGCUCUGUAAUAAUUUAUGAAUACAAUAUGUUGAGUUGACUAUUGGUCCUGAACUAGGUGAGUUCAAUAAAUUUACUUUAGGAGAAAAAACGUUGGACAGGGGAGUGUCUCUCAGGAGCAAAUGAGUUGUAUGAAAUGUUAAUGUCCACCUUGGUGGCCCGGGAGAGUCUGCUGAUGCUGUAGCCAGUCUGAAAAAUGCAUCUCAUCUAAAAUGGAGAAAUCCCAAGCAGGCAUAGGGGGAAAGGCACAGGAAAGAUCAAAAGAUAAUUCAGAGCAUACAAGAUUUAUGUCUGAGCAGGCUGGGGAUGCAAGCUGGUACUGUAGUUCACAGAGAAAAUAGGUGUGGUUGCUCUCCCAUGAAUGGGUGGGAAAGCUUGAGACAGGACAAAUAUGCAUAUAGGCUGUUAUUUUCAAUUCCAUUUAUUUGAAAUAUUUAAGUUUGCGUAUUUAAGAUUAAAUAUUUAAAUACCGUUCUAUUUUUAAUGGAGUAUUCACAGACUCUCUGAAAGAAAAGUUGUACAUCCAUUCAGACUGCCUGGGUUGGCACAAUUAAGACAGGCACAGUGUCCCAAAGCCCAGCAAAAAUUAAAGAAUUGUGAAAUUCUGCCUCUCCCCUGGAGAAGUGAAGUCAGGAAGCCUGACACAAAAAAAGAACUGAAGACAGACCAAGGAAAAGAUGAGAGCACAGUUAUUUCAUCACUGCUUCAAAGUCAUUGGUUAGAAAAGGGUGCCAGAAACAUGCAGUAACCUACCUCUUUUACAAUUUUCCUCUCCUUCAAAAUACAAGUAUAUAAGUGUUUCUGAGAGAUUGCUUUUAAACAGUUUAGGAUGUUUUCAUACCUUAAAAAUUCGACACCCUGAAGUAAAGUAAAUCCAUCCAUGUAUCUACCCAUGAGUAAAAUAAAAUAAAAUUUAAACAAGAGUGGGGAGUAAAAACUUUCUGUACAAUAAAUAAAGGUCUAGAACAUGCUAAAAAUUGCUUUCCUGUGUUGAAUAAUGGUAUAGAUUUUUUUUUAACCUUGGGACCUCUUAGUUUAAAAAGGAAAGAUUAUGAUACUGAUUGUAAAGCAAUAUUUUACUGCAGGUAUAGGAUUCCUAGUUGUCUGACCCUGUGUGAUUUUAAAUAUCAGAAAUGUUCCAACAAAUAUUUGUCAACAUCACAGAUAGGAAUUUUAGGCACUUAAGAUUAGCAUUGACAAAAAGGAAUAUGAGUUUUUUUGGGACACUUUCUAGGUUAAUUUCAGGAGAAGUCGUAGGCUGUUGGAUAUUUUUGUGAGGCAGAUACAUUUCCAUAAAAAUAGUCUGCAAGAGGAGAGAGAAAAAGGGUCGAGUUGCUUUUUUUCAAUAUGCUAUGAGUUGAGAAUGAUAGUAGGAUCAGAAGUGAAGAGGACUGAACAAAAAGAUAUUUAAAAUCUCUUAUGACAUCCGCGCCAUAACAGAAGACAAGAGAGGAGGGGAAAAGCCUAUAGAGUAUGAAGAAAGCCCUCUGGAAAACUAAAAAACCAGACAGAUAAACAAACCCCCACCACCACCACCAUCACCAAAGAAGCAAAAAAAUCUGUUAAAAGGAAAAGUGGAAAGUAUAAAAAGGGGUUGAAUAGUCUUUUCAAUAGAGAAAAAUGUAUGUGUAACAAAUACUUCCAAAUAGAAAGGGAUUUUUGACGUGAUUCUCCCACCUCAUAUCUUGUAUGGCCAUUUGCCAGCUCAUGAGGGUAGUGGGAGCCAAUUUCAAAACCUAAGUCUGGUCUUCAAAUAAAGACAAUCCUCUGCCCCACAGAUCCUGCUCUCAGAGGAUUCACAGUGCAAAGAGCUCAUGGCAUAUCCUAUCCCCCUGGUCUUUUUCUUGCCGGACAAUUGAGGCAAAAAAAGAACACUUCCCACAUGUGCUCAGACAUGUGGAUGGAUGCUGGAUGGCCUCCUGGAUGCUGAAAUGGCCUCCUAUUUAUUUGCACCUGACGUAGGUUGGAAGAUUUCCAACAGGUGAAAAAAAAUUUUAUAUAUUGUCACCUCUUCACAUUAUCAAAACUCCUGUCAAGAAAAUUAAUCCACAAACAUCAGAGGUUUAUGUCCAAGAAGGAGACAGAGAAGUCCUUUUACUUCACUCAAAUAAAGGAAGAAGCCAUGGGGCAUUCCCCUGGGGUCUCUCAAAUUUUUGGAGGAUGCAGCCUCCUCUUUUAUCCUAAUUUCCCAGCCACACUUCCCUUCUCUCUUUCCCCAUUGGCUGAGGUACUUGAGAGGUACAGACUUCCCGAUACACCUGAUACUGAAGAUUCCCCUCUAAUGUAUAACCCUCCCUUUUCAUUUUUAAUUCUUACCAAAUUUAGCACUUUCCCCCAUUGUUUCUUUCAUCUUUCAAUGUCUGAUUUCAUUUGUCAGCAAACUUAAAGUUUAUUUGUAAAAGCAAAUAUCUUUUUCCAUUCAUCAAUCAGUGGAAUCCUUCCCAUUGUUUCUUUUAUCUCUCAGUCCUAGUUUUAUUUACCAGCAGAUCCACAGUUUGUUUGUAAAGACAAAUCCGCUAUUCCUCUCACUCCUGACAAAGAGUGCUUGAAUAACCAAUAGGAAACAGCUCUGGAAAUGCUGCUGUGGUACACAAGGUACUGGUUUUGUUCUCAAGUCAAGCCUCAACUAAUACCACAAAAUGGUGGACAAGUCAUUGGGCUGCUGCAGGUGUUAAUUCUCUGAUAUCUCAAAAAUACGAAGUCAUAAUUAUGGUUUAUUUCUCCCUUAAUAUCCCACAGGUCUUUGUGUAUGAAUAGGGUCCUGGAAUUGAGGUUUCAGGCAAAAUCUGUCUCCUCCUGUUCACGGAGGUUCAGCUGAAUAAUGAAUUCUUAUUCAUUUGUCUCAGAUUGUCACAUAGUAGUGGGUGUACUGUGAAUGUUUCACCCUGGGAGUGGCUGUCUCUUAUUAAAAAUCAGAGUGAUCAAUGGAGGACCAUUACUUCCCUCACCAUGGUUUUCUGCAGCUUAAUUGUGUAAUACUAGUUAUGAGGGAAAUGACUGCAUAGCUGAACAAGACAGAGAAUUGCCAGCUGUAAUUAUUUUUGUCAAAUGGGUAUGUGUGGAUGGGUAUGUCUUUCUUCUUCUUAUAAAUGGAGACUUGGCUACCACAGAAAAUGCAAAAGGAGAUUUUGUGUACUCUCCAAAGAGCACGUCACACUCUUACAUCUAUUCCUUUCAAGCUUCAUGUAUUAUAAGUGUUUAAUGAUCUUAAUUAUCCUAUAGCACAAAAUCUGAUUAAUUUAUUUAAACCUACAACCUUUUCAGCUCUUAGUCCACACAGGUAACUUUGGGCUAUGGAAUCAGAAUCACUAAUGAGAAAGUAUAGCUUUAUCUUAGCCAGCAGCCAAAAUCUGCACAGCUGGAGCUUUUCUGUAUUCCUCUGAAAGGGAGCCUGGCACUAUUGCACUUUAGCUACUUGCCAGUAGCAGACAAAAAAUUGUAGGUCACAGCCAGGUUUCAGAGAAGCAUUGAGGAUUAACCCCUCAAAUCCUGGCUCUUAUUCUGCCUCCCCUCCAGGCACAGGGCAGUCUAUCAAGUUGAAGAGCAGUCCUACCCAAAAAGCAACUGAUGAUGAGCAAUCUGUGCUGAGAAAAGAGAUUUCAUUCAAAUUAUGCCAACAUGGCUUUUACAUUUUUCUUUCCUUUUUUCUCAUGUACUGUUGUUAAAAAUUGACUUUUUCUCAAGACAGAAUAUUCUAAUUUAAUCUCUAGCAGGGCAAAAAAGUGGUACUAAAGUACCAAUUUAUUCAUGCACUGAAAUUAAUACUGAUGCAAAAAAAAAAAAAAAAUAAAAGCCUUUCAGCAAAAAAUAUCUGUGGCAGCAAAAUAUAAAGAUGCUGGCAAAAAGGCAUUUUCCUUUAUAUGCUACUUUUUCUGAGUAGAAUUUGAAUAUUCCACCUCCUUUUUUGGGUUAUCUCAAAAAAACCCACAAAACGGUAGAUUUAUCUAAUGUAGUUUAAAUAGUUAUUGGAAUAAUAUAGCACAAUAAAAGUGACCCAUUUCAGCCUCUUUAAUCUUAAUGUGUAUUAACACAUUAAGAUUUCAUUUCUAUAUUUUGCAUUGCUAAAAAUUCUAUUUAUCACCCUAUUCCAAAUAUACAAGUAUUCCAGCGUGCUUUCAAAAGGAGCUUUCUUUUGAGCUAAUCACUUGCUAAUUUAUAUGCCAAUAGUUGUUGUAUUAAUUAAAAUGAUAUUAUUUCUUAAUAUAAUGAAAAUAGACCAAAUAGAACAAAGUCACUCUAUAGAUCUUUUUAAUAUGUAAUUUCCUCUGAAAGCACUCUGUACUUGGCCAGCCCAACACUGAAAUUCAGCAGGACCACUGCUGCUUAUCUCAGUGCACUCCGCAUCAGGUUACAUGUGAGGAUGUGUCAUAGCAUCUUAUGAAAUGAUCCCAGUCUCAAGGAAAGCAGAAUGAUUUCUCUUACAUCCACCAUGGAUUUUUGUCACUUUCUGACAGCUCAGACUAUAUUAGAAGUCUUCAGCACAUCUCUGGGGUAUGAGCUAUUAUUGCAAAUGCUGAUUUUACUAAUACUGGUAGGAAAGAUGAGCCUCAGCUGCCUGACUUGGUAAAUAAAAAUGUCUGGUGUAUGUAGUCAGACAUGGAGGUGAUGUGUUUUUACAUAUUUUUCCUUUCUAAUGGUGGCCUGCAGGUUUUCACAAAAUGCCAUUUUGUUUUGAAGCUCAGAGGGUGUGUGUAUAGACUAAACCUUUGAUAUGGAAUUUUUAGAUAGUCCUGUUGCACAUCGGAUAUAAAGCACUUCUUUUCAGUCUAUAUUUCUAUAGAAAAAAUAUUGAACAAAGUUUAAUUUUGUUAAAUAAAUAGAAAACUAUUUCUCAAUAGAAGGAAAAAGCCUAGAUAUAUAUUUAGUAUUGUUCCUUGUUUCUUUUUCUUCCAAGUGUAGGUCUAAAUUCUUUCUGUGCUUCUCUAUUUAGGUUUCUGUAGGAUAUGUUGGACUUAAAUGCACAUGUCUAAGGAUGGGAUAUGGGGUUUUUUAUAUCCUACAAGUUGAUGAGCUGGCAUCCUGAUUUGGAGAGGCACUUCUGACUUGUGCUUUCUCCACUUUCUGGGGGAGAUCACGAGGGUGCCUGUUUAGAAAGCCAUGUGAAAUAUUGUGUUAGCUCUGAUCUGUAAACUCAGCUCCCUCCAUGGCAGUACAGCCCUGCUGGCUGGGAUGGGAGCAGGCAGAGCUGAAUGGCAGCUCCUCCUUGCCCUGCUCUGCCCAGCACCCACCACCUCGGGCAGCAGGAGUGCAGCACCAGCUCCUCUGAACCAUCCAGGUGCUCCUCCAGCCACCAAUCACAAGGGAGUCCCAAAAACCUUCUCCUUCCUUUCCAUGAGCUUGUAGUUCAUGCUGCGUUUGAGCUGACCGGCUUCAGUGCGCUCCUUGUGAGAACUGAAGCGGGGAGAGGAGAACAGAACUCAGCCACAUCUCUGCUCCAGCACAGAUCAUCAUGUUUUCCUGGUAUAUAGUUGUUUGUGGGGAAGGCAUUCUCCAGAGUGUAUGCUUUAAAAGGUAGGAAGUUAAAAUGGAGUUUCUGGCCACAGGAAAUAUUGACAGCUAAAAAAAAAAAUCCACUUAGUAUUUAAACAUUUAAUAUCUUGAUAUCUUAAACGAAAGUACCCAACACAACGUCUGUCAGGAUUUGCUGUGACAGUGAGGGCUCUGGAUUAGGCCCUAACUGGCCCAAACUCUAACAGAACUCCCUGCCUUUAAAACAAUCUUUAUGGUUACAGCAGAAAUGUUGCCAAGUCUAUGUAGCUUACAAAGAACUGCAGAGUUCUUCUAACAUUUUGUCUCUUCUUGCUAUGUGGUGUUGGCUGACCAAGAUCUACUAUUAAAUACCUGACUGUUUUAGUACCCGUUAUUCAGUGUUCAUGAUGUGACUUUUUAAAUGAAGUCUGUGAUUUGAUACCUAGACAUUGUUCAAGUCAAUAUCCUUGGCUUCUGCAUUAUAGAGACAAGAAAACAAAACUUUUUGAACUUGUGUUACUGGCUUUUUGUAUGCGCUAAAUGGCCAUUUGUGAAACUUGACAACAUAAAUUGUACUACUGAUAGUAAAUGGGUUUUUUUGCACUAGCCUUUGGGAGCUGUAGCACAUUUCAGUAUUUUUACAAUGUAUUCUCUAGAAAGUGUGAAUCUAUUUGUCAGUUCUGAAAAAAAUAUGUAACAAUGAAACCUCAAAAAAUGUUAUGAAGUGUACAGUUUGUGAUAAUUUUAUAUUUAAAAAAGACAAGAAAAAUCAAAGAGUUCAUUUGAAAUAAUUUUAUUCUAAUUGUUUCAUAUGUAUUUUGAACAAGAAAUAAAGUGAUUAAAAUUA